AUGAGUUUCACGCGAAGAUACUAUUCGACGGAUCGGCCUCCUGUAUCCGAGAGAAACAGGCCGUAUGUUCAGCUUUGCAGAGACUAUCGGCUCGAACGGGGACACCGCUCCCCUCGCUUAUUCUCUCCUUUGGGGGCUGUGGGCGCGGGCGACAAGGUUGCUGAGCUCGUUCCGGCCGAGUGGAUCCAAGAGGGAGAACAGUGGGCAGGAAGAGUGGGCAGGCGCUAUGGCUUGUUCGGGUUCGAAAAGACGGACAAGGGUAAAGACGAUCCCCCAGCCGAGGUGGCUAUUGUAGGAGAUGUGGCAAACGCUGUUUUGGCACCCAAUCAGGAUGCGCGUGUGGCCGCGAUCUCGGUCGCGACCAAACUCGACGGAUCCGAUGUCCAAGCACUAGAUGUGACGUCUCCCUACGUUAUGAUCGACAUAUCCUAUGCAAUUCAUAAAUUUCAAGGCCAGACCUUCCAUUCAUUCCUUUACAGCAUGCAUUUAUUCGUUCCCUGGUCGAAUCUGCCACUUGAAUUUGUUCAUUCACCAGUCAGCCGAAUUAAAUCCGUCCAGUUGGGUCUUGGAUCCGUUGAUAACAUACGCACCCCAUCAACUACACUCGUCGAUCGCAUCCUGCUUAUUUACUUUUCGGUUACUCAUCCUGCAUUUUAUCAUCUCCUCCACCUGCCGCGUUCGGUCGGUCUCGAGCGGGAUACUCCGAUUCUACCGGACUCGGACUCUCCCCCCUUCCUCCUCUCUCAAUCACAACCUAUAAACACCCCCGCACACACACCUCUUUUAGACUCCUUGCCAUUUCCCAAUCCCCGUCAGCGCGCGGGAGUUGGAGAGGAGGAUCGAGUGGGUUUGACGAGGGAUGAUUUAUGGCCGUAUAUUCGAAUGAUCGACAUUGAGAUGUUCGCCCGCGGAUCCAGUUCAUUGGGCACCAAACUCGCGACAUUCAUCUCUUCCCUUGCCCACCUCGACUCGUUCGCCCUCCGACUCCCCACAUUUCGCGUUUUCCGAGACGCACUCACGUCCGACUUGCGAUCUGCGUUUUCGAGUUGUUUGCCGAUGCGGGGUAUCAAGACGUUGUGUGUCGAUGCGCAUUCGGCGUGGAUGGUCCCUCUGUUUCCGGGCGCGACCGAGUUGGUCGUGUGGUGUUGGCCGAAACCGGGGACGUGUGAGGAUGAGGAGCGUACGGACGGGUGGAAGAUGGUUUUUUGGGAAGAAUGUGUGGCUGACCACCGCCACUUGGACCCGUAUGGCCGAAAUUGUGAUUCGGAAGAGACCGUUGGCGGAUGGCCAGUCUUCCCAGAGAAAGUUUUACAAAAAGACAGCGAGGGAAAAGUCCUCAAAGUCUUGAGAGAACGAUACGUUCGGGAUGAUAUCCAAUGCGGAAUUGAAAGUGUCAAUUAUUAUAAUUUUACCGAGGCUCACAAGUCGCCCUUGGCUCCUGCCGGAGACUUGACGCAUACCCAGUUUCCGAAUGGGCAUUUUAUCAUUCCCGAUACGAAUGUAAUUCUACACCAGAUGGACCUGGUCGAAUCUCCAUUAUUUAACCCCCCGAUCAUACUCCUCCAAACGGUCAUUGACGAAGUCCGACACCGAUCGUUGCCUCUGCAUUCAAGACUCAAGGGUUUGAUCGCGAGCGAAGAUAAACAGAUUUACGUGUUUUACAACGAGUUUCAUGUGCAGACGGCCGUGGUGAGGCAGCGCGACGAGACUCCGAACGAUCGGAACGACCGAGGGAUCCGGGUGUCUGCUUCUUGGUAUGCGAAACAUUAUGCUGCUGCGUGGGGUCAACAGGCUUCAUCGCCCGAGAUCGUUCUCUUGACGGACGACGCUGAGAACAGGCGGAGAGCUUCGAAAGAGGGUACUAGGACUUUGUCAGUUCGGGAAUAUGUAACCGGGACGAAAAAUUCCGCUGCGUUGUUGGAUUUGUUGGCCGCGGAGAGUGUGGGGGGCGAAGGAGACGUAGAGAUGAAACAAGGGCGAAGAAAGGUACUUUAUGAAGAGUAUCUUCCGCAAGCAACUCUCGUUGCGGGUGUCAAGAGCGGUGAUUUACACCAAGGCUAUUUUAAUGCAAACUCGUACAAUUACCUCGAAGGUUCGGUCAAUGUCCCAGGGUUCCCGAAACCAGUUUUACUCUUGGGGCGGGAAGCAAUGAAUCGAUCUGUCCAGGAUGCAGUCAUUGAUGCUGAUUCUGCUCAGCGGAAUGAUAAUCCUGACGAUUCGGCGAGUGAAGGCGAGCAUUCAGACGAUGAAGAUGCUAUCCAGGCCAAGGAACGCCAAGCGGCCCGGGACGCCGCGGCUCGAAACCCCAAGGAGAAGCAGCCAACGGGCAGAGUGGUAGGUGUAAUGAAGAGAAACUGGAGAGCGUACGUAUGCCACAUAGACCGAUCAUCACUCUCCACUACUUCCUCAAUCCUCUCUGUCCAAACCGUCUUUGCAACACCCGUCGAUCGAGCCCUUCCGCGAAUUCGCCUACGGACUCGACAAGCCCCUGAGCUUCUUGGCCAAAAAAUCCUAGUGUCCUUGACAGAUGGGACCCUCACUCCCGAUACCCGGACGGACACUUUGUUCGCGCAUUGGGCAAAGCAGAAAGUAAAGAGGCCGAACGAGAGAGAGGGAGACCAGUGGGUCGUACCUCCCAAGGAAAGCGGUCGACCUGAGUGGAGGGAUAGGGAAGAUCUGCGGGAUUUGAUUGUUUGUAGUAUUGACCCACCUAACUGCCAGGAUAUCGAUGAUGCCCUUCAUGCCAGGCAGCUUCCGAAUGGAAACAUUGAGGCGGGUGUUCACAUUGCCGACGUUUCGCACUUUGUACACCCUGAUACUCCGAUGGACAACGAAGCAGCAUCUAGAGGAACGACCGUCUAUUUGGUCGAUAAACGAAUUGACAUGUUGCCCAGUCUUUUGGGCACUAACCUCUGUUCACUGCGUCCAUAUGUAGAGAGAUUGGCCUUCUCCGCUAUCUGGACAUUGUCAAGGUCCGAUUCACAAAAUCGUCAUGCUUCCAAGGCAGCGUUCACAUAUGAGGAAGCUCAGAUCCGAAAGGACGACCCUACCAUGAGCGACGAAUUGACCCAAUCCAUCCGCCUGCUCAACUCCCUGGCACUCAAGCUCAAAGCUAAACGAAUGGCGGCUGGUGCGCUGAACCUUGCUUCUCCUGAGGUCAAGAUUCACCUCGACAGUGCUGAAUCUUCGGAUCCCAUCGAUGUAGAACAAAAGGAGCUUCGAGAGACAAAUUCGUUGGUCGAAGAGUUUAUGCUUCUCGCCAACGUGAGCGUUGCUCGACAGAUUCAGGAAUCGUUCCCCGGGACCGCCGUACUGAGGCGGCAUUUGCCACCACCACACAGCAACUUUGAGAAAUUGCAAGACUUACUCAUGAAGUUGAAGGGGAUGACCUUGGAUGUCUCUAGUUCAGGGGCUUUAGCCGCGUCCUUGGAUAAAUGUGUGGAUCCGAACGAACCAGCAUUUAAUACACUUGUUCGUAUCAUGGCCACCCGCUGCAUGUUGUCAGCAGAGUACUUCUGUGCUGGGAGCGUAUCUAGGGAAACCUUUGGUCAUUACGGGUUGGCGAGUCCGAUUUAUACUCAUUUCACCAGCCCUAUCAGGCGAUAUGCCGACGUACUUGCCCAUAGACAACUUGCAGCAUCGAUUGGAUACACACCUUUGCACGCGACGCUACAUACCAAAUCCCACGUAGAACAAGUUAUGUCUGUAAUUAAUCGUCGUCAUCGUAUGGCACAAAUGGCAGGGCGGGCCAGUGUGGAGUUCUAUGUGGGACUUGCGCUCAAAGCGAGGAACCUUGCCCAGCAAGAUAAUGAAGGAGUAGUGGAAGAAGCUUUUGUGAUCCGAGCAUUCAGGAAUGGUCUCGCGGUAUUUGUUUCCAAGUUGGGGAUCGAAGGACUUGUCACAUUCAAGAACGAGCAAGAAUUCGAUUCUGAGUCUUAUUCGGUCACUCUCCCUGGUCCAUCUGGCACUGCCAAAGUUGCUGUAUUUGACCGAGUCCGGGUCAAAAUUCGCGUAGAGCAAGACAAAAACACGCUGCGGGGCAAAGUCAAAAUGGCCUUGGUCUCUCCUGUUAGCAGUGUUGGGCUUUAG